CACCGCCAUAAAACCCCAAAGAAGAAAAAGGUUGUCAGACGAAAACGUGUGGGACCAGAGGUAUCUCCAGACAGGACAGGAGCUUGAUAAUAACGUUGAAGGCCGAAGAUUAGAGGGCAUUUCGGUCAAUGUUAUACAGUCGUGAAUGCAUUACAUGUCAUUUUUAUACCCAGGAAAGGAUCUUCUUGACAAGAGACGGAGCGCACGGUCGCACCACGCCGCAGCUGACUGACAGAUCGCCGGUCGUAAACUGACGUUAGGAGUGAAGCGAAGAAACGAAGAAAGUUAUCGGUCUCUUGGGCCGUUGUCUGUUUAGCACCAACGUGACUAAUAAAACACUAACGUAGAUACAUAAAUUGUAUAAUGGCGGACUACCUGAUCAGUGGACAGACUGGUUACGUGCCCGAUGAUGGACUCAGCGGGCAGCAACUCUUCAACUGCGGGGACGGCCUUACCUACAAUGACUUCCUGAUUCUCCCAGGGUACAUUGACUUCACAUCGGAACAGGUGUCAGUUUUCUUCCGUUUGUUGCCGAGUGAAUACGACCGAAGAUUCCAUUUAAGAUUACAAGGAAGACCUUCCCAUUGUAGUCUUGAUUGGCAACCGAGCGCCGUGAAAGGAUUUGACUUCAGCCCUGACGAAGCAGAUCACCAUGAAAACGCCUUUUGUAUCCUCCCCCAUGGACACCGUCACCGAGUCGGCGCUGGCCAUCGCCAUGGCACUAACGGGGGGAAUAGGCUUCAUCCACCACAACUGCACUCCAGAGUUCCAGGCCAACGAGGUCCGCAAGGUCAAGCGGUACGAGCAGGGUUUCAUCACUGACCCGGUGGUGAUGAGUCCUACAGACCGUGUGGCUGACGUGUUCCAGGCCAAGGCACGCCACGGCUUCUGCGGCAUCCCCAUCACAGACAGCGGCCACAUGGGCGGGCACCUCGUUGGCAUCAUCUCCUCGCGGGACAUUGACUUCCUGAAGGAGGAGGAGCACAUCCUGCCACUCAACGAGGUGAUGACGAAGCUUGAGGACCUUGUCGUAGCUCCAGCUGGAGUGACACUGAAAGAGGCCAAUGAGAUCCUGCAGAGGAGUAAGAAAGGUAAGCUGCCCAUAGUGAACAAGGAGGGCUGCUUGGUGUCCAUCAUCGCCAGGACAGACCUGAAGAAGAACAGGGACUUCCCCCUGGCCUCUAAAGACUCACGCAAACAGCUGCUGUGUGGGGCAGCCAUCGGCACGCACAACGACGACAAAUACAGACUGGACCUGCUGGUGCAGAGCGGCGUAGAUGUGGUCGUACUAGACUCCUCUCAAGGGAACUCGAUCUUCCAAAUCAACAUGAUUAAGUACAUCAAAGAGAAAUACCCACAGCUUCAGGUCAUUGGAGGCAAUGUGGUAACUGCAGCCCAGGCCAAGAACCUGAUCGACGCCGGGGUGGACGGCCUGCGAGUGGGCAUGGGCAGUGGCUCCAUCUGCAUCACACAGGAAGCGCCUCUCAGUGUUGCUCCUGGUAUAAAUCUCCACAGCCCCAAAACCCCAACUACUGUAACGGGAUACUGCAUGUUGGCGUGUGGGCGUCCCCAGGCCACCGCCGUGUACAAGGUGUCUGAGUACGCCCGUCGAUUCGGGGUGCCAGUCAUCGCCGAUGGGGGCAUCCAGACCGUGGGGCACAUCGCCAAAGCCCUGGCACUUGGGGCAUCUACAGUGAUGAUGGGCUCUCUCCUGGCUGCCACCAGCGAGGCUCCAGGUGAAUACUUCUUCUCUGACGGCAUUAGGCUGAAGAAAUACCGAGGCAUGGGCUCACUGGACGCCAUGGACAAGAACCUGGGCUCCCAGACCAGAUACUUCAGUGAGUGUGACAAGAUCAAGGUUGCCCAGGGUGUGUCGGGGACGGUCCAGGACAAGGGCUCUAUCCAUAAGUUUAUUCCCUACCUGCUGGCUGGGAUCCAACACUCCUGUCAAGACAUCGGAUCCAAGAGCCUCACCCAGCUCAGAGCCAUGAUGUAUUCUGGGGAUCUGAAGUUUGAGAGGAGGUCGACUUCGGCCCAGAUGGAGGGAGGAGUCCACAGCCUGCACAGUUAUGAGAAGUGCCUGUUCUAAAGACGAGAACAACAGUAGUGGGCUGCAGACUUGUGUUCCUCAAGCGUACGCACAUGAAAGCACACACAACUACUUGACAACCCCCCCCCCCCCCCCACACACUAACACAAAUGUCAAUUAUGCCUAAACCAUCAGUCUUCCCCUUCUGUUGUUCCCUGUCUAUGCUGAGGGAGAGCAGAGCAUGUCUGUCUUGUCUAUCCGUCAGUAUUGUGAUGGAGUGUUUUGGUGUUAGCAGACGCCUUCCAUGUCCUACUGACGUGAAUAAAGGUGAAUAAGUCAAAUAAAAAUGUUUUUUUUCCACA